CUUCCAAAUACUUGCCGAUUAGUAGGGAACCCGUCCACACGUAUCUACUCCUAUAAUCGUUUUUUUUUUUACGUCAACGCCAAAAAUGUUGUUCACGUACCUACUGGCGUCGGCGUUGGCCAUGUCCGCGGUGUUCGGCGGUCCAUCCGGCCCACCAUCGAGACAGAUAACGUACGCAAAAGAACACAAAACCAUAAUGCAAUCAGAUGAAACGGCGCAGGUGAUGGCCGUCGGCGACCGAUCGUCCAACUUGAAAUUCGUAUUGGCGAUCCAGAGUUCAAAGAUUUGGGAGGAGAUCAAGAAACGGUCGUUGACGAUAAACACGUCACAUGGAUUGGACGACGAGGUCAUCGGAAAAUCGCCGGACGACCUGACAGACGAAGAACUGGCGCAGCUCAAGCAAGCGUGUCAUGACGGGCUCAAGUGCGUGGCCGUCGAUCAGCUUUUGGUGCUCAAACAGGUCAAAGAACAGCUUGGCGAUGGCAAAGUGUCCGUGCGCAUGGUCAUCACCAAGAUCACCCAGGUGCUCACCCAGUACACGACCGAGUAUCACGAGGACGUUUACCAGUACGAGGCGGUCCAACAGUCCGACGAUCAGUCAAAAGUGUACGAGUCGGUGACCACAAUAGUGGAGGACAACAAGGAACUGUGUCAGAUCGAUCUCGCGCCGGCGACAGAGCAAAGCUACCUGAAUAACGACGACGCUAAUACUAUCUCCACGACAGAGCAAAGCUACCCGAAAAAAGAUGACGGUAAUACUAUACCAGCGGCCGUUAACAACAAAAAUACCGUAAACUACAAUACAUUUAAGAACUACAACAUCAACAACGGCACCGUCAACAGUGCCACCAUCAACAUCGAACCGCAUUCCGGCGUUGACGGCGAUUCGUCCAACCACGAAACGCCGCCGGUCAAUAGCAAUGCGCAUGGAGACACCACUGACGGUCCGACUGGCCAUAAAUCCGUUAUCAAUGCGGCCAAAAACGACGCUCCACACAAACGCGCCAGACCAAACUACGCACAGGGCAGCCGGACCGCCGGCCGACCCGCCACGACCACCGACGAUCAACCCGAGUCCGCCAGUACCCCAAUACCGAUUUUAGACGAUCGCCGUAAACCCAUCGACCAACCACUACUGAUGAUCACCGAUGGGCCAUCGUCGCGGGACGACAACGUUAACGGUUCCGCCGCCGACAUCGAUACCCAAAACAGCGACCACGGCAAAAGAUAUAGACGGUCGCGUCCCGACGGAACCGGUCGGAGAAACAGUGCCAACACCGACGAGCCGGCCGCCAACAACAAAAUUGUUUCAAACCGUUCAAACGGAAACUAUGCCUCCGGCCGCGCCGGUAAUACAGCUGCCGAUGGAGUCAAUAACAACACCGUAGAACUGGAUAACAGUACGGGCAGUAAAGCCGGCGGGGAAAACGACUCUGACAGUGACAUCGUCAGCGCAGGUUCUCACAAUACACAUAGCUCGAGGAAAGGCUUGGUCGAAGACGGCUUUUUGAACAACGGCAACAUGAAAGUCAAGAACGUCGACAAUAGUAACCGGAACAAAGGUACCGUGAAAGGCGCUAAAGCUAAUAAUGGUAUCAUCAACGUCGGAACGACCAACAAUGGCCCGGUCAACUACGGUACGUCCAAGGCUUACACCAACAACGGAACCUCCUUGGACAUGGACAGUCACGACAUCCGUCAGUACGUGGAUAACAUCGAUAAGAUGUAUUCCACGAUAUUAAACGAGUUCGCUAAAAAAUAACUAAUUAUUUUCAUGUAGUUUGUGUAAUAUUAUUAAUUUAUCAAUCGUUUUAUUUUUAUCAUAAAUUCUAAUUGUCGUAUGUGACUAUAUUGUGUUGUAUUGCAUAAGAUUAUUUAUUUUUAUUUUAUUUAUAUUGGUCAUGGAUAUAUUGUGGGUUUUGGGUUUCUGUUAAUAAAUGAUUUAUCUUAAUAUUUAAA